GACAGACGUGUAUGUAUCUGCUGAAAGAUGAAUAGUCCUCUGUGCUGUCACUUGAUCGCAGCUUGACUGUUAGAGACAAUCUACUCAUGAAUUCAAGCGAGGAUGUCAUCCGACUUGACGUUAGACUUAGAAAGUUAUCAACAUUAUCCUGCGAUGGAGAGAGAAACAGGCAGCAUCUCUAUCGACCAGGGGGGAGAGUGGGACAUAAGCCUGUUUGAUGAGCUAGAACAGCUGGGAAAUGCAGAUGAUCUGCUUGAGGCCCUGGAGAAUGCUGUAUAUGGUAAUGAGGGUCCAGACCUGGACUUUGAUAUCGACAUACCGUUGUGGAACGAAGGUGAUGCAAGCAGCACCUGCACAGAUGGUGAGAUGAGCCUGGAUUCUCUGUCACCUGCUCACACUCUGAGCUCUGUCCCCUCUCCCUCCUCUGUGGAAGCUCUGUCCCCAUACUCCUUACACGAUGAAGCCCUCUCUCCACAAUCGCAGCUCUCUCCUGUUUCCGUCUGCUCGGAGUCCAGUGGCUCUUCUGCAGUCUCUGCCCCAGCUCGGAAAGCUCCAAAGAGGACCAGUCAGACCACACGAGUCAAACAAGCUCAGCAAAUCAAGAGGCUGAUUCAGAUGAGCCCGAAGGUUUCCAUCCAACCCAGGCCACUGAUUACAGCUGUGCCGUUGGCUCAUGCAGCUGCUUCCCUGCAGGCCAAGACAAUCAUCAUCCAGCCUCUGCAGACCACCAUGCUGCCUGUGGUCAAACCAGCUCAAGUCAACAUUCAACCAGCGCCUCCUCCAGGACGUCCCAUAGUGCUGUCUCAGCCAAGCCAGGUGCUGCGGAUCCAGUCACCACAGAUCACCAGCAAUGUGGUCGCCAUGCCAACACGCAGCCAGGAGAGGCCGGCCCCUGCGCCUGCUCCUGCUCCUGCUCCUCCAGUGGUCUCCAUCACACUCCGAUCCCCCUCGUCAGACGAUGAUUCAAAGUUUUCACAGAGGCAGCAGCGCAUGAUAAAGAACCGUGAGUCGGCGUCCCUGUCCCGGAAGAAGAAGAAGGAGUAUCUGCUGUCUCUGGAAGCUCGCCUUAACAUGGCGUUGUCGGAGAAUGAAGCACUCAAGUGUGAGAAUGGCAACCUCAAGAGGCAGCUGGAGGGCCUGCUGAGUGAGAACACAGUACUUAAUGCAACGGCCCCCAAGAGGAGAGCGGUGUGUCUCAUGGUGGUGUUGGUGUUUGUCAUGCUGAACGUUGGGCCAAUGAGUCUAUUUCAGGGUGGCUCCAAAACAGAUGUUUUUGCUGCACAACACAGCGGGAGACACUUGCUGAAUUUCUCCUCAGAUGACCAAACUGAGUUUGCGACGGGCCCCGAUUCCCUCCGCAGUGGCCCCUCCGAGAUCGCCGACAGCUCUGAGUACAAGGCCCUGAUGGUGGUGAAGGAUCCCGUCUACCUCAGACCACCUCCACCAUGCCAGCCUCCUAUUAACAGGACCAAGUGUUUGGAGUUGGCUCAUGAGUUGAGGGGUUGGGUCCACCGUCAUGAAGUGCAGCAGACCAAAACAAGGCGCAUGAGUAACGGCAAUCACAAACCCACCAGGACCAUUCUGAAAACACAGAAUAAGGAGGCUCAGAGGGCCGAGAUUGUGACGGUCCAAUACACAGAAACUACUGAGCAGAAGAAUCCCGGCAGUGAGCUACAGGUUUACUACGCACCUCAUCACACCUACAGCGACUUCUUCGAUGAGAUCAAUCGUCGCGGCGACACUUUCUACGUGGUGUCUUUCCGCAGGGAUCAUCUCUUACUUCCUGCCACCAGCCACAACAAGGGAAGUCGACCCAAGAUGUCUGUGGUUUUGCCAGCCAUGAACAUAAACGACAGCAUCAUAAGAGACAAAGACUACGAGGUGAUGAUGCAGAUUGACUGUGAGGUAACAAACACCCGGAUCAUCCACAUCAGGUCUUCAACCAUCCCGCCUUUGCUGCGGGUCAACCACACAAACACGUUUUACCAGAACUCUCCUACUGACAACCAGGCGGCACCUCCUGUCGGCGUGCUAAUGGGGUCUGCUUAAGAUCACCAGCAGCACAAGAUUCUUUUGGAAAAAAAAACAAAGACAAACAGAACACAAGACCUCAUGUAAUUUUUGUGUGUGUGUGUAUUUUAAAUUUGGUGUACUACCACUUAUUUUCUUAUUGUGGUUAAGAUUUGAAUGAAACUUUGUCAUUGAAAUACAAAGGAAAGUCAAAUUGUCAGCAGCACUUAGCCACAUUCCUUAUUAGGGGCUAAUAUACAGAGGUAUUCUGUAACAGAGUCCUAGCAGAUGCUAGCUCCUUGUGUGGCAACAUUGACUUCUCUCUGUAACCCCAGACGGCCUGCAUAAGGGUAAUUGCUUAGCUGUAGGGUGCCAAGCAUUGAACCCAAAGUCACCUCUUCAUAACACAAAUACUUUACGUAAGAGUAGCUCUCUUUUUUGGUUCUUACUUUUGGGACAAGCAUCAAAGCCAGAGAUAAUUCUCACAGGGAGCUUGAACAACUAAAGGCAGAGUAAAACAUUUGGGAUUUUCAUGUUUAAUAGCACAACAGUCUGUGUGUGACUUAACUAGGAAAUGUCGCUAUAAUUUCUAUAAAAAUGAAAAAAAAAUUUUUUUUAAAAAAGCUAAUUAAAUUAUCUGAAUUAGUCAUCUAAAGCAGCAAAAGAGGUGUUCAUUAAACUCAGGAAGUCAAGUGAUCGACAAAAGUUAGCAGGCUAACCACUAUGUUGUUGGUUUGUUUUUUCAGCUUUCAGGUGCUUAGUUUAUAGUAAUUUAUAGAUGAAGAAUUUUGGCGGGGGUGGGGGUCUUUGCACUGUGCUUCUUUUAUAUUCAUACCCUACUUCACAUAUUUAUUUGUUAUUAUGAUAAUUAACAACAAUGCCAACUUCUGUGGUUUGAGGUGAUUCCCUCAUUUCAAGUGUUUUCUAUGUUUCUGAGUCUGCUUUUGAAACCAAUAAAUUCUGGAUUAGAGUGAAACCCUCUUAAAUGUUAUUAUCGGGAGAUUUCUGUAUUGUGGGUUCCCUGGUUGGACAUCCUCAGAUUUCAUCCCUCGAAAAAAAUGUGUCUUCAGCAAUGUGAAUCUGCCCCCUCCUCAUCCGAUGAGCAAAAGAAGGUUAACAUUAGACUUUUAACAACUCUAAAUCCAAGUCCGGACAUCUCCGUCCUAAUCAGAAUUGCACUUUUACGUGGUGCACUGAUGCCUACAUUGAAAAAUAAUGAGUUAUAUAAAGUUGCACUAUACAUUCAGAAUCUGGGGAGAUCAGUUCUGGCUUUGAAUGCCUUAUAUUAAUGUGUCUGUGACCUUGCUUUAGGGGGUAGAGAUUGUAUCUUACAAAAUUAUACAUCAUCAGAAUAAGUCACUUUUUUGCUCGUAUAAAAGACUAAUUGUUCCGUCACAUUCUGAAAGUGUAUUUCUUUUACAGGACUGUUCAGAUUAUGCUUCAGCUCAAAGGAAGUCCAGAAAAAUAUGUCUGAAAAGAACUUGCCUGUUGCUUUGGUUUUCUUUAGCAAGGCUGUGUAAUUUGUUUUCCCUUUGAUUUCUAAGAAUAUCUAUUUUAUCCUCCCCAUUGUUUUCACUGCCUUUAAACAUUACUUGGGGACAAAGCAAGAUUUAUUGUGAGGUUUUGUUUUUCUGUAUUUUACUAUGUAAAUAUACCAAAAUAAACACUGGAUUUUGUCUAA